ACCUAUGUCCAAGCUAGCUUACAUGAUAAUAUUAUGAUCUAGCAACCUUAUAAAGUUCAUAAAUCUAGCUGAAGCAGUCACACUAUGCUUGUUUAGUUUCAGGCACUUUCAAGCCUAUAGUCUAUUCAUUGAUGCUUUCUAUACCAGUCCUGCAGUUUCAAUAAGCUAGCUAUAAAUUAGCUCAAUUUAGAGCAGUUAGAUACAUUGUGCAAGAGGCAGCAUAGAUCAAAGAGUUGCGGUUUGUAGUGCGGUUUUAGCUGCGCAGUAUGGAAUUCGACCUCGGAGGAGGAGAAGUAACUUUGCUACAGUUCACACCAUUGAAUGAUAGCUACUCGCAGAGCUAUGGAUACGGCCAACAACAGAUGCCUACAUGCACAACUGAAGAUGUGGAACUGUAUGGUGGAAGCAUGCACAGUGUCAGUGGUUUCUCUACAACUGGAACUGCAAACUCAAUGGAGAUGUCUGCAACACCUAGUCCCAACCCUCCACCUGCACCAACAGCUAUGCAGCACCCUGAGUACUAUUGCCAAACAGAACAAUAUGCAAUGGAGACCAAUUGCCAAUCCCCAUACAGUUACAUGAAUCAACAACCAACAACUCAAGGCUACAAUGACUACAUACACUCCCCUCAAGUGGCUAGCCCUGCAGUAAGUGCUGCCACAAGUUAUGACAGUCAAUCAGUGGACCUAGACAGCCUUGACAUGCUCCUAAACGAUCCAAUGGGUGCAGAUCUUGGUCCUCAACCAGUACGUCUACCACGCUUAGAAGAAGAGCCUCCACGAACUAAAGAAUCUGCUUACUCGAGCUCCACCCUUUUUUUACCUCAUCGAGGCUCCAGCAGAAGCAAUCCCCACAGCCCAAUUGAUAUCAGGGUUAAAUCAGACACACUAAAAUCCUCUAGACGUCACCGGGGUGUUGUUUCGACAGCCUCUCUGAAGUCAUUAUCCAAGAGAGUGAGUUCCCCCAUCUUUCCUGACUACUCCACCCCCCUUUCCUCCGUCAGUCUCAGCCGACAUCCUUCAAUUACUAGCCUCUGCUCCUCAACCAAAUCCGACCCAUUCAGUAAUGUAACUCCCUCUGUUCGCUCCGAUCCUGGACCAUAUCGAAUCCAUGCCAACAACAAUGCAGAUUCAGCUAGCGAAUCACCUUCCGUAAUGUCAGCACAAGACUCUCAGAGAUUUUUAUUCACAAGCUCUGCAUCAAGCACAGAGAACAUUCCAGUCUCAAGUGAGAACUCGAGUCGAUCAUGCAUGGAGAUUGCCAUGCCAAUGAAGCUUGCUCGUAAAAUUACUGACCUGGACAAGAAGAUAAUGAAAUUACAAGCAGACCGAUCAAAACUUCUUGAAAAGGCAAAGGUGACCGGACCAUUUAAUGAGGUUAUGAACGUUGAUACUCGAAUGCUAACUGAGAGAUCUUCGGAAAUAGGACGAAUACAUUUGUAUAUUGUGCCUCUAGGCAUACACGCCCUGGACGAACCAUUGUAUGAAGACGCUAAUGCAACACUCAGACAAGUUGGCGGAUUGUAUUUCGACUAUCAAUCAGCUGUUGAUAGCCUGAGGAGUAAUUGCUGCAAGGGCAUGGUCCGUCUCCCAGAUAUAAGCACUUGCUUUGCGUACAUUAAAAGCCUACUAAACGAAAACCAACGACUAAAACUGGGCAAUUCCAUAGCAGGCUUCUGCAGGAUACAGCUGGAUCUAGACACGGCCACAGCCUCAGGCUAUGCUGAUGGGUCUGUCCCUACAGAGUUUGUAGAAUCACUGCGAGUGGCUAAUCAAGUUAUGCAGUGUGCUCAGCAAAUCACUAAAGCAUACCCAACAGUACAGAUGCAUCUACAGCAAGUAAGACAAACCGCAGCAGCCAAGGCUGACAAAUGCGAUACAAUUUGUCAGAGUCUAGGCAUUAUUGAUAGAGAAAGAAGGACACAAAUAAAGUCUGUUCUGGAGGGCAACUGUACGAUAAUGAGCUCAGUGGAGAGAGUGUGGCCGCAAUAUUAUCAAGUUGCCACGGAGACAAUUAAAACUAUAACUGAAUGUAUUCACCCUCCCGCUUGAUUUAUGUUUGUUUAGCUCCAGUUCAUAAUCAAACCAUCUAUUCGUUUCAUUUUCAUAAUCAAACCAUCUAUUCCACGUAUUAAUUUUGUUCAUUUCCAACAUUACUGCGAGUAAUGUAUAUACACUUGUUAUUAUUUUUAACAUACACAAUACAGAACCCAAUGCAGUGAAGGAUUGCAGUUAAUAAUGA